AGCGGAUGUUCCGUUUCUCUUUGAGACCACUUUGACAUCGAACAGCGCAGGAAGAAGCAGCAAACCGAAAGGCAGGAUCCCAGGAGCCAAGGAGCUCAGGAGCCCAGCAGUUUCAGCCUCAUGUUUCGUUCAGGGCGCUUCUCUUCCUCCUGUCCGCUGUCAACAGUAUUGUGACAAUAUAUAUUUUAUUAUUAUUGUUUAGUCUAAAUUAAAAGUGUGGGGAAGAGGUCAUGGAGCUUUAUUGCCUGGAGUCGGACAUACCCGUGAAAGCUCAACCUGACCCAAACAUCCUCUAUGAUGACAGAGUAUUGCAAAGUUUAUUAACAACUGAGGACAGGUUCUUGCCUCAGUGCUCGUAUUUCCAGCGGGUCCAAAAGGAUAUUCACCCUUAUAUGAGACGAAUGGUUGCAGGCUGGAUGCACGAGGUGUGUGAAGAGGAGAAGAGUAAUGAAGAUGUCUUCCCUUUAGCCAUUAAUUAUUUAGACAGAUUUUUAGCUGUCAUGCCCACAAAAAAGAGCUAUUUGCAGCUUCUGGGAGCAGUGUGCAUGUUUCUGGCCUCCAAGUUAAAAGAUUGCAGGCCACUGUCUGCAGAAAAACUUUGCAUGUACACAGACAACUCCAUCACACCACGGGAACUGCUGGACUGGGAACUGGUCGUUCUGGGGAAAUUGAAGUGGAACAUGGCCUCCGUCAUUCCGAAUGAUUUUAUAGAGCACAUCAUACGUAGGCUCCCCCUCCCAAAAGACAAACUGGUGAUGGUCCGCAAACACACACUGACAUUCAUCGCCCUCUGUGCCACAGAUGACCGUCUUGCCAUGAACCCUCCUUCCAUGAUCGCCACUGGCAGCAUGGGAGCUGCUAUCUGUGGCCUGCAGCUGGACCACACUGACCAGAGGCUGAGUCGAGACAACCUGACAGACCUGCUGGCCAAGAUCACCAACACAGAGAUGGACUGUUUGAGGGCAUGUCAGGAGCAAAUAGAGCGUGUGCUGGCCACUAGCUUGCAGCAGGGUCAGCAGUACCAGAAAGAGACCCGGGUCAGAGCGGGAAACAAAGUGAGGGAGCAGCAAGACCAGUCCAGCACCCCCACAGAUGUACGCGAUGUCAACUUAUGAGCGCCCAUCGCCAUGUGACUCAACACACCAUUCUGUCCCCAAAUGAACAAACAGGAGUGAGUGAGGGCUGGCAUGAACUGCCAGUUUUUACAGUAUGUCAGGUCACUGCAUAAGUGGUGUAGGAUGCGCUCUGAACUUGUAAAAAAAAUAAGAAUUUUCUAGUUUUUUUUUUUUUUUUAAUUGCUCCAUUCCUACCCACUUGGGUGUACUUCACUGUACGGGCCACAGGUAAUUUAUUAAACUAUUAAAAAAAACAAAGCAAUUCUUGAAAACUUGAUAGGUUUCCCACAGUGGAAUCCUAAAUAUAUUUCCAUACUUGAAAACUAAAAGCAUAAUUAUAUGAAAUAUACAGAAUUCUUUUGAUACAGCAUAGCAAAAUAAAUAAGAUAAAUGUAUUUUAGCAUUUAGUUAUGUUACUCUUAUCUUAAGCAACCUGUUAAUGAUUCACAGCUUUACUUGGGUUUUCUUAAUCUGAGACUCCAUAUAGUAGUGAUUGAAAAGCUGAUAGUAUAGUAUGUUACAAGGCAUUUAUACCCAGGCUAUAUCCAGCUAGAGGAGCAUUACUGUAGCUCUCUCUGUCUAUAUUACUGUGUGUGCCUGAAGUACCGCUUACUAUUUAUGCUGAACAGUGCUGGCCAGGAGUGGGCUGGACCUACUCACAGAGGAAGGACAUGAGGUGGUUGAGAACUGGAGCAGUGGCUAUUGUCUUGAGAAAUUAAAAGAGAGGGCAAGGUCAGUUAUUAAGGUCUUGAUUUUGCUGCCAAAUCCGUACGUCAUUGUAGUAUGUUAACAGGACUCUAUGCAUUUGAAUUUAGCAAAGCUGCAUCAUCGUUGUUCUGUUUUUGGUGUAGCUCCUACAUGUUAGAGAGCAGUUAAGUGUUUAGCAGUUAGUUGGGUGGGGGUGGGGGGGUUAGCCUCAGUCAGGUAGUGCUGAUGUCAUGUUGGUAAAAAACAAAAGGAGAUUUAGUAUGUUUUUACAGGUUUCAGUGGAAGCUAAUUAAGAUUGAAAGUUUUCUUGAGAGGUUUUUGGAAAAGCAAGGCAUGUGGAAAGUAUGUAAAAAUGUUAGAGGUUUGGAUUGAUGAAUGAUAGUUAAACUGCAAGGAAGUUGCAUUAAACUACAGUUUGUUAUGUUUCCGCAGUUGCAUGAUUCUUGAGUUACACACAAGAUGAGAAAUCCCUGGUGAUAUCUGGGGGAUCAUUUUGGCUGUGCUGGAGUUUCUUUUAUCAUUUUUACCGUUUGACCUUUUGGAGAGGGCAACUUGAUGCACUUUUAAAAACACUCCUUAAGAUUGGUAAGGGGGUGGUGGUUGAGGAGAGUUUGGUAGGUUGUUAGGGUCAUUUUGUAGUUUUCCUUUAAGUUAUUUAACUUUUCUUCUGGGCUGGAUUCCCAUGGGGUGACAGAUGUUGUCUUGAAAGCUAUGCCCCAACUGAUGAGUAGUAGACAUAGGAUGACUGCCAAGUCACAUGUAGACUUUGAUUUUCUGUUUUAGCUAGUGCAUUUAUUUACUUGAAUUUUUGUUCAGUCAUAGUCAAAACAUUCCAUAGUUUUUACCAAAGACUUAAAUAUAGUGGCCUAAACAUUCUUCUUUCAAUGUUUUGCUCUUUUUUUUUUUUUUUUUUGGUCUAAACUGCUUUAGUUAUUAAAUUACUAGUUUUGUGUUCUCUGUAUUAUAGACAUGGGUAGGUUUUCAUGGUGCGACUGUAUAUAAACCAUUUCCCCAUGAACAGAAAUAAUACAUAUCGUCAUUAAAUUUUAGAACAGAAGUAGUUGCUUUAAAAAUUGUCAUGCUUUUAUAGUGUUUGUUUAUAAUUUGUAGGUUGUAAUUCCAAAGUGCAAAAAAUAGAUUAUCCAAAAAAUUGUCUUGCUGCUAUGAAGCUUUUCUUGUCUAGUUUAUUGUGAUUCACAUGUGUGCUGCUAUAUUAUGAAAUUUUGUAUAUGGUCAUCUUUGCUUUUGUUGUAUGUUAUGUGUACUAGAGGGAACGUGCGCUGCUGCGGGACUGGAAGUACUUGUGUUUGCCAAUCUUUUUGAUUAGCAUGUUUUAUUCCUUUAUUGUUUUAUUUGUAUCUUUAUAUGCUCUCAUAUCCUUCCUUUGUUACCUCAGGUUAAUUUGGACCCACAGUGCAAGAGCCCAUCUCAUCAUUACCUCAUCACACUUCGCAUCACACAUUAUUUUCAUUGAACGGGUUUUCCUUUCUGUCUGGAUGAGAGGAAGUGUGGUGCUUCAUCUAUUAUCAGAUUUCACUGAGCACUUAAAAGUGCAUGUACCAAAAUAGUUAAUUUAAUAUAUCUGGUGCAAAUCAAUUUAUACUGUAUGUUAUACACAUACAGGAAAAAGAGGUUUUUUUCCCCUAGUUGGACUUUCAAUGGCAUGUUUUAAUCAGUUCAAUCAUUGUUGAAGUUUAAGCCACAAGAAUGUUUUAUCACUGUUCAGUGUGGUUAUUUUUCCAAACCCGUCUUCACCUAUCCCUAUGUACAACCACCCAGUGUACCUCAAUAAUUUCUUCUCAAUAAAUUGCCAAAAACA